CUUCUCAAUAAUGUCUUCAAAUUACUUAAUAAAAAAAGGAAUAUACAUCGUACGUUGCAAUAAAAGAGAGACAAGGACAUAACCAAAUUAUCACAAUUUCCUCAGCUUUUCACUAUUUAGUAAGUAAAAAUCAAAAUACCAGUCUUGUCUCGUCUCUCUUUUCUUUUCCUUAUUUACUUGCUCCCACUUAAAAACAAACUUGCGGAAACUCAACUCAACUCAUUACCGUAUUUCAAGAAUGAACCAAGAAAUGAACGGUGAUGAACCUCAAGAAAAGUUGCAGGAGAAAAUAGAUUAUGUGUUUAAGGUGGUGGUGAUCGGUGACUCUGCGGUGGGUAAGACACAGCUGCUGUCUAGGUUUACUAAGAAUGAGUUUUUUUUCGAUUCAAAGUCUACUAUUGGAGUUGAGUUUCAGACCAGAAGUGUCACCAUUAAUGGUAAACUUGUUAAAGCCCAGAUCUGGGAUACUGCUGGUCAAGAAAGGUAUCGAGCAGUCACAAGUGCAUACUACAGAGGAGCAUUAGGAGCCAUGCUAGUAUACGACAUCACAAAACGACCAACCUUUGAUCACGUGGCUCGCUGGGUAGAGGAGCUCCGGGCCCAUGCUGAUACGUCCAUCGUCAUCACAUUGAUUGGAAACAAGGCUGAUCUUGUUGAUCAAAGGGCGGUUCCAACAGAAGAUGCUGUGGAGUUCGCAGAGGAGCAGGGCCUUUUUUUCUCUGAAACGUCAGCGCUUAGUGGAGACAAUGUUGACAGGGCAUUUUUCAGACUGCUUGAGGAAAUUUACGGUGUGAUUUGUAAGAAGUCUUUGGAGCGUGGUGAUCGUAAAUCCAACGGUGGGGAUUCAAUCAAGUUGAGUGGAUCAAAGAUUGAUGUUAUUACAGGUUCUGAUUUGGAAAUUAGUGAAAUUAAAAAGUUAUCAUAUUGUUCUUGUUGAUUGCUGAGAUAAAUUUGUUAUGAAAAAGUUUCUAUCAUAUUUAGGUUUUAUUUGCUGAUUUUUCUAUGUUUUACUUGUUGAAAAAUUUGGUAACAUGUUGUAUUUGAAAAGUGUAAUUUUCUUUCUAC